AUGAAGAUCAUCCAUCAGAACGGAUACACAGUCGAGGAGCUAGCGCUGUACCGUCUCACAGUCUACAAAAACCUUCUCGAAUGCGCGAAAGCCCUGAUCGGAGCCUACCACCAAUUCAACCUUGAACCGACGAGCCAGAAAGUCCGCGAUCACAUCGAGUUUCUCACCGAUUACAACAUCGACCCGGACCCCAAUAUACCGCUGGAUCCAACAGUGGGAGACGCGAUAGCGUACAUCUGGAACGAUCCGUGCACGUCAACAGCACUUGAACGACAGAAUGAGUUCUAUUUGAUGGACUCAGCGCCUUAUUUCUUUGAGGAGGCGAAGCGCAUAACAGCACCAGAUUAUAUACCAAAUGUCAAUGAUGUGCUGCGCGCAAGAACCAAGACGACGGGUAUCUACGAGACACGGUUCACUAUGGGUCAAUUGAGCAUUCAUAUGUUUGAUGUCGGCGGCCAACGCAGCGAGAGAAAAAAGUGGAUUCACUGUUUCGAAAAUGUCACGUCUAUUAUCUUCUGCGUGGCCUUGAGCGAAUACGACCAAGUGUUAUUGGAGGAGGGGAACCAGAACCGGAUGAUGGAGAGUCUGGUACUCUUCGACUCUGUCGUCAAUUCUCGAUGGUUCAUGCGAACAAGCAUCAUCCUUUUCCUAAACAAGGUGGAUCUCUUCCGGCAAAAGUUACCUCGCUCCCCUUUGAGCAACUACUUUCCAGACUACUCAGGGGGGAAUGAUGUAAAUCGGGCCGCGAAAUACCUUCUUUGGAGGUUUAACCAGGUCAACAGGGCGCACCUGAACCUGUACCCUCACUUGACUCAAGCUACCGACACAACGAAUAUCCGGCUAGUAUUCGCCGCGGUGAAGGAGACCAUUCUGCAAAACGCUCUGAAAGAUUCAGGCAUACUGUGA